UUGUGGACAAUUCACGCAAAUCAGUAUCCCCUGGCAUCUGGCUCGGAACAACCGGAUCCAACCGGGAUUAUUCAGCUCCAUCCAGAAAGUCAAGCGGUCACACUGAACAGCACCGUACGAUUGCAGUGUCGUGUCCGAAUCCUCAUCGAUCCGACUACGGGGACCGGGGCGCAGGUGUACUGGUCCAAGAACGACUUCGGUAUCGGUGGUAGUCGGGAUGAUAUCCAGGAAUACGGACGAUCACCCAGAUACAAAUAUUCCCGGUAUGACUUGCCGUACAAUUUGAAGGAUGGACAGUACGAUUUACAAAUUACCAAUGUGGAACUAUCUGACGAAGGAUCCUACGUUUGUCAGGUGAAUUUCAUGAAACAGCAGUAUCUCAGUCAGACUGCGGUUCUCACUGUUCAAGUCCCCUCUGAGGCACCGAAGCUGAUCCAAAUUACCAAAGAAGGCAAAGGUCCGGAAGUGGAGGUCGGUGCAUCCACUCCGGCCAUUGUCGAGGAUGGCGCUUUGCUCGUCCUCAAAUGUGUCGCGCGACAUGGCAAACCUGGUGCGCAUUUGACGUGGCUGAUCGAUGGGGUCCCAGUGACCGUGGAUGCCAACCGAGAUGGACAAAAUGGGACAUUUCGAUCCGGAUUUGUUGGCAACCUAUCCGUUCAAGUGGUACCCUCUCCGAAGUUUCCUCGGCUGUGA